AUUACAUUAAUACAAAUAUUCGGCAAUAUUUUCAGCUAAAAUUGAAAAACUCCAAGAAAACUGUUAAAUUUGUUACUCAUAAACUCGUGAUAUUUGUAAAAACAAUAUUUUCUAAGUAGAUUUUGAAAGAUUUUUUUUUUUCCUUUUUGCAUCCCAGGCAAUAAAAUACAUUAAUAAACCUAUUCAAUAUUUUCCUUUGAAAUAAAUGUAUGUAUGUAUUCACUUUUUAACUCUCUUUUCUUUAUUGAUAUUAAUUUUCUCUGUCCUAAUUAGCCCUCAUUAAACAGCCUUUAUCGCAGCUGUAAGCAGCUCUUAUUAUGAGAGUUGGCCUAUAUCAUCGUGCACUGCUCCGCAAAACGUUUUGUUCCUUGCGGGUACACGCGUUGCGCACCUGUCAAUCAUACGAAUGACGUGGACGCGGGUAUAAGUAGCGCGCUGGCACGCUGAAGUACUCGUGCAGAGCGAACAGCUCGAGGUGGAUGUAUCAAACAAACAUAAAACAAAUCUGCCUGUCUUCAAUGUGUCCCGUCAUGGACCUGCACCAAAGUGCGAAAGCUGCUGCCCUGCAGGUGAUCCAGCACCAGUCUCGCGCUCUGCCCGGUGCCAGCUCGCCCAGCGUCCUCCUCGCAUACAAAAACGCGACGCAAAGACUCGGUGCGACCGGGUUUAAAGUCAGCACGCUCUCCAAAGCAGGAAUGGGCAUCUUGAAACUGGCCACGACGCAGCUGAAACAGCAGGAAAAGAAAGCGAGGGUGGUGCGGGCGUCUAGUCUGGGUAAAGCGCAUCCGUCCAUCGACUGUAAAAAAUCCCCUCUGGACCAGCUGGCCGCGCUGGUUCUACACGGACACGCGCGUCUCCAGCCGCUGGCGAACGAGCCUCACGGCAGCACCAAACCGCAGAACUGCAGGCGCAUCGUGGUUCUCGGCGCGCCGCGGGUCGGUAAGACCUCCAUCCUGCGCCGGUUCCUGCGCGACGGCUUUGAGGAGCGAUACGAGCCCACAUGUGAAGAUUUCCACCGGAAACUUUACCACAUUCGCGGCGAAACCUACCAGAUAGACAUCCUGGACGCGUCCGGGGAACGAAGCUUCCCUGCCAAGAGGAGACUCUCCAUCCUAACCGGUGAUAUAUUCCUGCUCGUCUUCAGUCUUGACGACCGCAGCUCGUUUGAGGAGGUGCGCUCUCUGCACGCCGAGAUCGUAGCGGCCAAAACGGCCUUGCAUAAACAGAAGGUGUGUGUGCCGACGGUGGUCUGCGCCAACAAGGUGGACUUGCCCUCGGAGCAGCGCGCGGUGUCGCGGACUGAAGUGCUGCGUGGUCUCGGGAAUGGCUGCGCUCUGUUCGAGACCUCCGCCAAGGACAGUGUGAAUCUGGAGCAGGUGUUUGAGGCGCUGGCGCGGCGCGGAGGGCUCCCACUGGAGACAGGACCCUCGCAGCACCGGAAAGUGUCCAUCCGCUCUUACCAGGCACUCAGAGCGGCAAGGCAGGCGGACAAAGGGAGCAAAGCGUCGGCGUGUGACGCUCCCUGCGGGGCGGUCUAUCCGCUGGCACGCAGGCCGAGCUUCGGCACAGACCUACGGCUGGUUCUCGGCCCCAAAGGCAACAGAAAACAGGGCAAAGCACUGGACAAGUGUCCGAUUCAGUGAAACAACAGACUGAGAGAAAGAGAACUGCUUUUAUUUCUUGUAAAAACAAAGAGCACUGACAACAUUUGCCAUUUGUGUAUGGCAGCAAACAUUAUUUAUUCAAACUUUUUCAUUCUUUGGUGCAAAUGGAUGAAUAAUAUAUUAUAUAUGAAACUGAUCAUUGCAUUUUAAUCCUCGCCUAUAAAAUGCAUACAGUUUCAUAUGAAUGUAUUUACAUAGUGCACACAUUGCAAAUCCAUUAAAAUAAUAUUUAAUCAUGUACAGAUACAUAAUUUUUUUACUUAAUGAAUGAUGGAGGGACAAUGAAACAUGUAUCUGAACUUUAGCGUCUUUAAUGUUGGCUGAAGUUGUUUUAAUAUUGAAUUCAGACAACAAUUUAAGGAUCCUCUGUUGAAGACUCCUGCCUUAAUGCCAUAUUUAAUGAAAACAAUACAGAGAAUGAUGUCUGAGGCAUAAUAUUUAAAACAGUAUGACAAUCUGAAUGGACUUUAGGCCUCUUUUAUCACUCACAGAUUUGUUUUUAUUCCAGGUAAAUAGGGUAUCUUCCUGAUUAAGAUCCACUGAAAAUGAUGGAAAAGCCUGUUGCACGACUGGUUUGUUGCUGUAUAAUAUCUGUACACAUUUUAAAUUAAACAUUUUCAUACAAAACAUGAUGUCAUGAGUGCAGUCUGAUGAUUUGGUGAAUCGCUGCUCUGACAAGAUGCCACCCUUACCCGCGUAAUGAAGUUGAGAGAUGUUUGUCACGAUUCAUUCACUCAAAAUAAAUAAAUUAUUGAGAACAUGAGUGUGGGCGUUUUGAUGAAACGAUAAAGCCUUGACUCCUCUGAUUGCAUAAAACCCUUCACUCACUGCCUGCCACACAGGAUGUGCCGUGUGAAAGAGGAGAGGAAAUGAACCAGAAAACAUCUGUUGUU